AUGAUCACCUGUUUUUAUCAAGCCAAACUAGGAGAAAUAUUCUGCAAUGUUUCGGUGACAUGGUGCAAAAGCCUCACAAGUUAUUCCCUCACCAUCAAAGUGGACAAGAAAGCCUCUAAGGAAAACCAUUACACAUGCAAGAUUGAUUUGAAAAAUAACCAAUUUUGGGGCAAGAAAGGCCUCAAGUCCUUUGCCGCGGAUGGAGAGCGCGUCGACCUUUUUUGGGACUUUCGGUUGGUGAAAUUCUCAAGCUCUCCUGAGCCAUGCUCAGAUUACUAUGUUGCCUUGGUGUGCAAGGAAGAGAUGGUUUUAUUGCUAGGCGAUUUGGAGGAUGUUGCCUGUAAGAGAACAAGGGCAAGACCAUCCUUGGAAGGAGCUACCUUGUUGCACAAGAAAGAGAAUGUGUGUGGGAAAAAUCUUUUUUGCACUAAUGCCAUGUUGAAUGCCGGGAAGAAAGAGAAUGAAAUUGUCAUUGAGAACUCCUUGUUGGGGCCUGGUGAUCCCGAGAUGUGGAUAAGCGUGGAAGGGGCGGUGGCGAUUCGGGUUAUGAACUUGAAUUGGAGAUUUAGAGGGAAUGAGACUUUGAUGGCGAACAAUGUGCCAAUUCAAAUCUUCUGGGAUGUUCAUGAUUGGUUAUUCACCAGCCCUGGCUCAGGCCAUGGCUUGUUUAUUUUCAAACUUGGCUCACCGGAUUCGACAAAUACCGAUUUCUAUGCACGAAAUUGUAGUGAAGUACGCUAUAAUGAUAGCAAAUAUGAUAAUGACUCGCCCCAAGGCAGUUUAUCAACAAAUGAGUAUUGCCAUUAUCUAAUUAUGGUUCCGAGUUCUAGAAUCUAUAUACCAAAGGUGCUAGAAAAGAUUCAAAAUAUAUUUAGGUGCUUGUAA